UUUGUUAUUACUAUUUUAACAAUAAUGAAAUGAAAACUGCAGUGAGAAAGGGAAAAUAAUGCUGUACUUGCAUGGCUGAAAAUGUUUGUUUUAUAUCUAUAAAGAAAUACACUGGAAGCUGGAGUUGUAUUGUUUUCAUCUUACACUUUCUUAAUCAAUAGUAUAUGUGAAUAGGUAAUGAAUUCAGCACAUGACAUAAGUACACACGGACGAACAGAUAAUUGAUGGAUUACGAUAAUGGCCACUUCAAAAUGACAACCAAACGAUACAAAGUUAGGGAAGAGCUAGAGAUUACCGAAGAAUAUGAUGGUGCCGAUGGAAGCAAUGGAAACCAAGAUGGCGGAGGCGCACAUUUCCAGACGACAUUUGGGCUCGUGCUCUCGUGCAUGGGCUGUGUCGUGGGCACGGGCAACAUCUGGCGGUUUCCCAGGAUCGUAGCGAAUAACAGCAACGAACAAGGUGGACUCGUCUUCCUGAUCACGUGGAUGCUGUUCCUCUUUCUCUGGUCGAGUCCACUUUUGAUUAUCGAGUACGGAACCGGCCGAUACUCGAAGAAAGCCGUGCUCGGCAGUUUCCGGAAGUUUCUCGGAGAUAACCAUAUGUGGUGUGGCGCGUGGAUCACCAUGGUUACAUUCUGUAUCAGUUGUUUCUACUCGGUGGUGCUGGGCUGGUGUUUCUACUAUUUCAUCUACUACAUUGGCCACUCUCUGCCUACUACCGAGGAGCAAGCGAGACGGACCUUUCAGGAUUAUGCCGAGGACAGUCGCUGGCCAGUGCUGACCCACGCAAUAGCCGUCCUGCUUGCCGGUCUAUGUGUGACCAAGGGAGUUAAAACUAUCGAGAAAGUCAGCCUAGUUCUCGUGCCCGUGCUUCUGCUUGUGGUCAUGUUUAACUUUGUCUGGUCGCUGACCAGAGAGUUUGGCGACAAAGGAAUAGAGUUCCUUUUUACACCACACUGGAAGUCAUUCCUUGAGCCACGUGUUUGGGUGGACGCCAUCAGUCAGAAUGCUUUUGACACGGGGGCCGGCAUGGGCAUCAUGAUACCCUACUCUGCGUAUAUGACUCGCAAAAAUGGCAUCGUGAAAUACGGUCACCUAGUUCCCGCUGUGAACAAUUUGGUCAGUUUGCUGUGCGGGAUAACAAUAUUUAGCACAGUGUUUUCCACCCUGAUGUUGAGCAGACCGACGUACACCCAGGCGGACAUUGUCAACAUCAUGAAGGACAGUGGCCCGGCCAGCACGGGUCUUACUUUCAUAUGGAUGCCGGUUUUGUUCGAAACUGUUGGGGAUUUCGGUCGGGUUUUAGCCAUCAUGUUUUUCCUCUCACUUUCAUUCGCCGGAGUUACCUCCCUUAUGUCUAAUUUUGAACUCGCAACAAAAACGCUGGAGGAUUUUGGACUUCCGAGACGUUUUGGAAUGCCCUUGACAAUCCUCAUAACUUUUCUCGUGGGUUUACCUUCCGCUCUCGACAUCGAUAUUCUAACCAAUCAGGAUUUUGUCUGGGGCUUUGCGCUUGUGAUCAACGGCGGUAUGCUUUGGUACAUGGUGCUGAGAUUUGGGGUGCGGAAAUUCAGACAAAAAGUUGUGAACGAGUACAGCGACAACGAUUGGAAUUUGACCAUACUUUGGCAAAUAACUUUACUAGUUAUUGUGCCAAUAGAAGCCAUUGCAAUUGUUGCUUGGUGGGCGAUCGACCUUAUAACAAAUGACUCAGGGGACGGAGAAAAUUGGUACGCGUUUGGUCGAGAAACACUCGUCAUGACGUUGACACAGUGGUUCGGACUGUUGCUACUAGUCAUUCUUGUCAACGUUAUCUACAUCAUAAUACGGGAUCGAAAACAGGAAAAAGUGAGUUAUUACGGAAAAGAAACCGACCCAUUGAUCCUACCAUCGAGCGGAAAUGCCUCGUCACGUGAUCUGGACCAUUCGUUGACUGUAUCACGUGAUUUGACUGGGUCAUUGAAAGAAUUAAAACUAUGAGACGUUUA